AUGGCUGACCCGUUAUCGAUCACGUCAGGCCUCAUCGCCAUUCUCCAGCUGACGAAGACCGUCGUGAAAUAUCUUAGGGACGUCAGCGACGCAACUAGCCAGAAAAAUGUCUUGCUCCUUGAAUUGAGUAGUACUAAAGGAAUCCUAGAGACGCUGAACGACCUGAGCAAAAGUGCCGGAGAUGAUAAGUCCUUGCUUUCGUCUUUUAGACUAUUGCAAGAGCCUCUGAGGAAUUAUGAAGCUCUACUCACGCGUCUGGACGCUGCACUGGCACCAGCGCAUGGGCUCAAAAAAGUAGGGAAGGCUUUCAAAUGGCCAUUCGAUAAAGCUGGUGUGCAGGAUAUCUUGGCCUCCAUUGAGAGGUACAAAGCUUUGUUUGGUCUCGCUCUCCAAGCUGACAAUAUAGCUUUGUCUAAAGCGGUGAAACAUGAAUUGGGGGAAUUGAGAAACCGGCAGAAGGACGACGAGAUGCGGGAGAUCAUCCAAUGGCUUUCACCGCUGAACUUUGCGACAAGACAUCAGGACAUCUUUUCGAAGCAUCAAGAAGGCACCGGGCAAUGGUUCCUGGACGACGACAAGUUCGUGCAAUGGAAAACUGGAAACUCGAGAUUGAUCUGGUGUCCUGGCGUCCCCGGCGCAGGCAAAACCGUUCUCUCUUCCAUUGUCGUGGAUUAUCUGAUGAAUUCCUUCGAAGAUGACGACAUAGCUGUAGUAGGAAUCUACUGCGAUUUCAAGGAGUUCAAUCAACAAUCGACCUCCAAAUACCUUGCCAGCCUUUUACAACAAAUGAUCAUUCAACAUGGCUCCAUCCCAGACCAGAUCAAGGACACCUAUGUUGCACACAGCAAAAAGAAGACUACUCCAGCGUUCCCAGAGUACCUGGAUCUAUUGAAAGGACAGAUGCAGGGAUUUACACGAGUUUAUAUCGUCAUCGACGCUUUGGAUGAAUGUACGGAAGCCAACGGCGUUCGAGAAGAGCUCUUAGAGGGAAUAUUGCAAAUGCCCACCUUCACAAGUAUUAUGAUCACAUCCCGGUAUAUACCAGUGGUCGAAGAUUCUCUUCAGGCUGCCCUUCGGCUAGAUAUCAGCGCUCGUGACGAUGAUAUCCAUCUCCACGUCCGAAGCCGACUAGCAAGGGAGAAAACUUGGGCGCGUAGAAUCAGGCUAGAUUCUGUGUUACAGACGAAGAUAGCGAAGAGUAUCGUUGAAAGAGCCAGUGGAAUGUUUCUGCUCGCUCAGCUCCACAUAAGUUCCAUUGUCAGGAAGCAUAGCAAGAAAGAUGUCGAAAACGCUCUGAGAGAAUUGCCUGAAGGGUUGUCGACCACUUAUGAUCAGAUCCUACAGCGCAUAGAUGAUCAAGGUGAAGAAGACGCGGUGCUGGCGCGAGAGGUCUUGUCAUGGCUGACCUUCGCACUACGGCCGCUUAAAGUCACAGUUUUACAGCAAGCAUUGGCCAUCAAGCCUCAAGGCCAAAGCUUUGACGAAGACGCCUUGAUUCAUGACGAGACGAUUCUAGCAGUGUGUGCAGGUAUUGUAGUCAUUGACGAAGAAAGCAGCGUCAUCCACUUCGUUCAUUAUACAACGCAAGAAUAUUUCAUUAAAACCCGCAGAUCAGCGUUUCCUACGAGUCCUCUAAAUAUUCUCACUACUUGCUUGACCUUCCUCCUCUUUGAUCAGUCUACGAAGGAAGACAUGAUGGAUUUGUACAUCUACGUUGCCGAUAAUUGGGGUCAUCACGUUCGUGAAAGUCCCGAAACCCCUCAAGUGGUCGACAAAAUCAUCGCUUUUCUUACAGAUGAGGCUAGGGUCAAACAGGGCUCAUACCCUUUUCACUCUAUGAAAAACCUGCACCUAGCUGCGAGAUUCGAUCUUGCUAUGACGAUGGGUCGAUUGCUCGAACUCGACUCCGCAGAUAUCAAUAUUCAGGAUGAAAACGGCAGGACCCCUCUGUAUUAUGCAGCUGGCGCAGACAAAGGCUUUGUCGUCAAUUUGCUCCUCACGAGAUCCGAUGUCCAGAUUGACCUGGCAAGCUAUUACGAUGGCCCACCACUGCAUCAUGCCAUCGAAGCAAAACAGGAAGAUAUAGCUAGGGUGCUCCUAGAGCGUGGAGUUAAUCCAGAAUCUAAGGACACGCAGGGACUACGCCCUAUUCACAAAGCUAUUAUGUUUGAUCCGCCUGCCACAGUCAAGAUUUUGCUGGACAGAAAGAUUGACGUGACAGCAAUGACAAAUACUGGGCAUACGCCAUUGGAGAUGGCUAUGCCACGCGACAGCCUACAGAAAGAAAAGGCUGCGAAAAGCCUAUGGCGUGAUCCAGAAGUGACGGCGUCGACCCGUGAAUACACGCCGUGCCUAGAACUUCUGCUGAAUUCUUUGACCGAGUCAGAGAUCAACCGUGGAGAUAUGUUGUUCGAAGCAACAAAAGACGGGAGACCUGACAUAGCUCUAAUCCUUCUCAACAAGGGCGCACAGCCUUCAUUGAAAAGCAAGGUGUACAAUCAGAGGAUUCCACUGCAUUGGGCUGCUGAGAAGAACUUCUACCAGAUUUCCGAGCUCUUGAUCCAGCAUGGAAGCGACGUGGACAGCCAAGACAAACGGGGUUUCACGCCAAUGCACUAUGCUGCAUCUGCCGGACACGAAGAGAUCGUCAAGCUGCUUCUGCCACAAAUGACCAGCCUGGACAUCAAAGCUAACCACGGAAUUACGCCCCACCAAUGCGCCCAAAUGCAAGGACAUCAGAGAAUCACAAAUAUGCUCCUAGAGGCUGGCGCCAGCGACACACUCAUCCCAGAGUCCGUGUUGUCAGACACAUACAGCAUCAGGCGCCGGCACAAGGACAACCUUGCCACCCGGCUCUCUGGCAAGAAUGCCACAUCCGAUGCAUCUGCCGGAGAAUACAAGAAGUAUGCGGAGCGGCUCAUCCUCGCAUCAGCCCAAGGCGAUAUGGAAGGCGUCCUCCUCUGCCUCAAUAAAGGCGUCAGCGUGGCCGAGCGUGAUCAUGUGCAUCACAAGACAGCCCUGCACUGGGCCUGCGAGAACGACCACGUCGAUAUCGCACAGGUGCUCCUUGAAAAGGGCAGUAGCCUUGCAAGCCAGGACCAAUAUGGUGAGACGCCCUUACAUUAUGCAGCCGAUAGUGGGUGCACUGAGAUUGUAGAUAUCUUGCUGCAACGUGGCUCCGAUAUGAGUGUGAAGGAUGAUAGGGAGAGAACUGCGCUGAGGUGUGCGAGGGAUGGGUAUCAUGUUGAUACCGUGAAGGUGAUGGUUAGGGGGUGGGAUGGACAGAGGGAAGAGACGGAAGAAAUGGAUAAGCAGGGGAAAAGCCUGGCGCACUGGGCUGCUGAGAUUGGGGAUCAAGAGCUUUGGGAGAAGCUGAAGGGAUUGCAGUUGAGUGAUGAUGCGAUGGCGGAGGAUGAGCGUGGGUGGAAGCCUGAGCAGUAUGCACUCAGGAGUGGUGUUUUAGACGGUGUUUAG